CUUGGUUCUGUUUGUCAAAUGAAAACAGAAUCGAAAUAAAACGGUCAGAAAUUGAGAUUCUAUUUACAAAUCUUGAUCGAGAACUGUGUGUACAGACGGCGAGAGACUAGGUUACAUCAUUGGAAAUAAGAAUGAAAUUGUUCGCUAUAAAUACCGUUAGCGGCAGUGGAAAAGGUAUCAAUCGAUCACUUCAGUUCGAUACAAUCACAUCAAUCAGAAUGAAAUAUUCGAAAAUUUUGCUAUUGGCUUUAUUCGCCAUCAUUGCAACAAUUGGCGCUGACCCGGAACCAGAACCAGAAGCACUCGCUGAAGCCGAACCAGAACCUACAUUUGGUGGUGGUAUGGGCAUGGGCAAUAGAGGUGGCUCCAUUUUCAGUGGUGGUAUGGGCAAUGGAGGUGGUUUCGGCAGCGGUGGUGGAAGCAGUGCACGCUCAAAUCCUCCUAAAGGUAACCGUGUCAUUUUGAGACUGAGAUCCAAACGUAAAUGCGAUGCCAAAU